CGCCGCCGCCACUGCCGCCGCCGCCAUGGGGUGCCUGGGGAACAGCAAGACGGAAGAUCAGCGGAACGAGGAGAAGGCACAGCGAGAGGCCAACAAGAAGAUCGAGAAGCAGCUGCAGAAGGACAAGCAGCUCUACCGGGCCACCCACCGCCUCCUGCUGCUGGGUGCUGGUGAAUCUGGUAAAAGCACAAUUGUAAAACAGAUGAGGAUCUUGCACGUCAAUGGAUUUAAUGCUGAGGAGAAAAAAAUGAAAAUACAAGAUAUUAAAAAUAAUAUUAAAGAAGCUAUAGAGACAAUAGUGACAGCAGUGGGAAAUUUGGCACCUCCAGUUGAGCUAGCCAAUCCAGAGAAUCAGUUUCGAAUUGACUACAUUUUAAACUUAGCUAACCAGAUAGACUUUGACUUCCCACCAGAAUUUUAUGAACAUACUAAAACGCUUUGGCAAGAUGAAGGUGUGAAAGCCUGCUACGAGAGAUCUAAUGAAUAUCAGUUGAUUGAUUGUGCUCAGUACUUUCUAGACAAGAUUGAUGUAGUCAAACAAAAUGAAUAUACACCAUCUGACCAAGAUCUUCUCAGAUGCAGAGUAUUGACAUCAGGGAUUUUUGAAACCAAAUUUCAAGUGGACAAAGUAAAAUUUCACAUGUUUGAUGUCGGAGGACAACGAGAUGAACGUAGAAAAUGGAUCCAGUGUUUUAAUGACGUGACUGCUAUCAUAUUUGUGGUGGCCAGCAGUAGCUACAACAUGGUUAUUCGAGAGGACAAUCAGACCAAUCGGCUUCAAGAAGCGCUAAAUCUGUUCAAGAGUAUCUGGAACAACAGGUGGCUACGGACCAUUUCAGUAAUUCUAUUCCUGAAUAAACAGGAUUUAUUAGCAGAGAAAGUUUUGGCAGGGAAAUCUAAAAUUGAGGACUACUUUCCAGAAUUUGCUCGCUACACCACACCAGAUGAUGCAACACCUGAACCUGGUGAGGAUCCCAGAGUUACAAGGGCCAAGUAUUUUAUUAGGGAUGAAUUUCUUAGAAUCAGCACAGCAAGUGGAGAUGGAAGGCACUACUGCUAUCCCCACUUCACAUGUGCAGUGGAUACAGAAAACAUCAGAAGGGUUUUCAAUGACUGUCGGGACAUUAUUCAACGGAUGCACCUUCGUCAAUAUGAGUUAUUGUGAUGGAGAGCACUUUUUCCUGUGUUUUGGACUCCUUAAUGCUCAUGUUAAAACAAAACACAAAAAAAAUAUUUGCCCACAUAGGGUAGAAGAGAAUUGAUGCAGUCUCCCUCCAAUUUGCACCCUUGCCUUUUUUCCUUGCUGGACAAUAGCAGACUUUUAGCUUGCUUCUGUCUCCCUUGGACAGUUUUAAAAUGGCCAGCCAAAUAGGCUAUUUCCACCUGGGUUCCCUAACAUUAUUACCGGCAACAGAAUCAAAUAACAAAUAAAGCCUUGAAUGUGUGAAGCACCAUGAA